GAGGCGGCCUGGGCAGAGCUUCUCCACACCACAGGCUUGGGCUCGUGGUGUUAAAGUGGCCUUUAAGUGCUGCGCCUCAUGGAAAAAGCAUACUGGGGUUGAUUUAAAGGUGUUCCUGAAGUGAAAGGGUUCUGUGCCUGUUGUGUUGCAUGUGGGCAAAGCAUGGCUCGCAUCUGAGGUGCUCUUCUACUAAUACUGCUCUUGGGAAGACUGUUGAAAGCUCAGAAGGUGCUCGAGAAGAAAUUGUGCUCCCACGAAGGAAAACUUGGGAUAAACUAGCGGUUCUCCAAACAUUGGCUUCUACUGUGAAAAGGGAUCCUACUGCUGCUCAUUACAUGUUCCAGGAUGACCCUUACCUUAUGCCAAGAAACUCAACCAAUGCUCGUCUGUUUUCGUUGUCGAAGGAGUCUGGGAGAAAUGCUGCUAAAUACAUUAUUAAGGAAUUUCCUCAUUUUUUUGACAAGAUUCUUGCCGAGCCUAACAUACCAUGUUUGAUGCCUGAGAUCUGUACACCUCAGAUUGAAGGAGUGAACGAGGAAGCCCUGAAAGAGCGUGUCAGCCUCCGAAUGGUGAAAGCUUCUGUGGACCUGUUUGAUCAGCUCCUACAAGCAGGUACACCUGUAUCUCUGGAGACCACAAACAGCCUUUUAGAUUUGUUAUGCUUUUAUGGAAGUGGAGAAUCUACUCAGGAAAAAGAAUCUGAAGAAAAAGAGGAUUUGGAAGAAGCAGGGGUGAAUGCUUCAGAGGAGGAGACUCCAAAGAGACAAGCCCAAAGAGGAUCCCACCCACCUGCCUCUAGAUGGAGGGAAAACAACAAUGCUGAAAGGAUAUUUAAAAUAAUGCCAGAGAGGAAUGCACACUCAUAUUGCACAAUGAUCCGUGGGAUGGUGAAGCACGGGGCUUCUGCUAAAGCUUAUGACAUGUACACAGAGUUGCUGAAUGACAGGCACAAGGCUGAUGUGCACACCUUCAAUGCACUGAUUACAGCAGUCCCAUUUCUGAAGGAUAGGUUCAUAGAAAGAUGGGAAUUAAUCAAGAUGUUCUUGAAUCACAUGGUUCAGCAGGAAGUGCAACCAAAUGUGCGAACUUUUAACGCUGUGCUGAAGACUCUGAGAAGAUGUGGUGGCGUAGGCAGAAGUAUGGCUGUACCAGUAAUGAAGGAGAUGGAAGCACUUGGAAUCGAGCCUAGCCUGGCAACGUAUGAUCAUCUUCUCUCUAUAUUUUAUAGAACUGUUGAUGCUGCCCCAUCAGGCAUCAUCUCCGAGGUGCUAGACGACGUUGAACAGAGGAGCUUUGCUCCCCAGGACCCUGAUGAUGCCAAUUUUUUUAUCACUGCUAUGCAAGCGUGCUGUGAUCUUAAGGAUAUCAAGCUUGCCUAUCGUUUAAAUAAGGCAAUGGAGAAGGGAGACAACUGGAAGUUCUUGGAUAUGGAUCGGUUAAAUUCCUACUGGUCAAGAUUCUUUUCAUUGUUGUGCAUGAUGGAACAAAUUGAUGUCGUGUUGAAAUGGUACAAAGAAAUGAGCCCUUCACUCUUCUAUCCAAGUCCUAAAAAUAUCUUGGACCUCCUCCAAGCCCUGGAUGCUGCCAACCACUUGGAAGCGAUCCCUUCGGUCUGGGAAGAUGUGAAACAGCUAGGGUUUAAUAAGAGACGAGAUCUGCUGGAAGAACUUCUGUCCUUGAUGAGCAGGGAUCAGCACCCUGAAGAGAUUCAGCUGGCGUUUGCCAAGUGUGCAGAAGAUAUCAAAACAGUCCACGAGCAAUCCUGGAGGGACCAGGCCCCAGUGCAAUGGACAGGCAGCGCGCUGGGCAGCAUCACCGUGUUGUUUUCCAGGGCUGGGAGAACCCAGGACGCUUGGAGCAUGAUGGAGUGUUUCCCCCAGAUCAGUAGGAUUCCCACUGACCUGGUGAUGGAUGAGUUCUUGAACUGUGCGAAACAAACCAAUUCCCCAGAUGAAGCAAUGAAGCUGGUAAAGCUGGCAGCAUCCCUUGGUCUUCCUUCAUUGCAGAAGCUUAAAAGCAGAAUGGAGAAGGAAUUCGAACUCUCUGAAAACCAGAAGAAGGCACUGGAGAGUAUCCAGUCAGACAGCGACAGCAGCGACAGUGACAGCGACAGUGACAGCGACUAGCUGUCCCUCUGGCCUUCCCUUUGGGGAAAGCUGGGAGCAGCCGGCACCUUGACUCCAGGAGGCUUCUGUGAGAAGUGGUCAUUGAACAGACGGCUUCUGCGAGAUGCCAUGAACCUCUGCCCUGAGCUACAGCACGCCAGCCCAUUCUGACGGGGAAUUCGCAAGAGCACGCUGUCCUCAGUGGAACAAGCCAGAAGCUGUCCUGUUUAAUCUUCUUCAGAGCGGGCUGCAGCAACACAGCCUCUCCCACCCCGCUGCCUGCAUGAGCUGGUUCCUGCCAGGCAGCUGCAGCCUGUGGGAACAGCUUGGCUGAAGUACUGGAGCGCUCUGGUGGGAGCCGUGCUGCUUUCUGGAGGCUGCUCAGUGCUGCAGCCCCUUGGCAGCUCCAGCAACCCUUCUCCAGGGCCUCCUGGGACUUAAACCAGCGCUGAAUUUAAUUCCUUUCAUGCUGGCUUCCACUUAAAUACAAAGUUACUCUGUAUGUAAAUACUGUAAGUAACAGCAUUCAUGGUCUGUGGUGUUAAUUCUCAUCCGUUUUGGUGUUGGGACAGGCUUUGGACUGCAGAGGAAAAGCUACCUCUGUGCAGCUGGAGACUGCAUCUAAUAAAUGGCUGACGCUAAGGGCAGCUGAAUUCUGGUAA